CGCCAAGAUGGUAUCUUUUUUCCCACUCUUUCUUCCGAGGUCACAGGAGUCGGUCUUACCAUCUUCGCGUUGACAAUUUAGCCAGGAAACUCCAUUCGGCUCGGUCCUCCGUUAGCGGCGGAGGAAAUGGAAACGGCGAAGGAUCUUAGAGGUCGAAAGUUUUUUGACUUAGGGUGUAAGGUGGAUUACUUGAAUUUGGGAUUAGGGCGUGGUUCUGGUAUUUGUUUAGUCGGAAAUGCCUGCUGGUUCUUUUCACAGGGGACGAAUCAUUGUAUCAGGGAGCUUUUUCCUGGUACCUGGUGCUACGGUAGCAACUCUUCUUAUGCUUGGUUUUCUUCAUGCUCGCCGCCUCUAUGAAGACAAGAAGGUUGAUGAUGUGAAGGAGAAAGGGAUUGAACUUGAGUUUUCACCUGAUGUAAAGGCUGCUUUUUUGAGGUUGUUGCCAUUGCGUUCUAUCUCACGCUUUUGGGGUUAUCUCACAAGUUUGGACAUUCCUAUAUGGCUACGACCUUCCAUCUAUAAGGCUUGGGCGAGGGCAUUUCAUGCAGAUUUGGAGGAAGCUGCCUUACCACUUGAAGAAUACGCUACUCUGCAGGACUUUUUCAUUCGCAGUCUUAAAAGUGGUUCACGCCCAAUUGAUCUAGAUUCUAACUGUCUGGUUAGUCCUGUGGAUGGCACAGUCUUGAGAUUUGGAGAGCUUAGAGGACCAGGGGCAUUGAUUGAGCAAGUCAAAGGCUUUUCUUAUUCAGCUUAUUCUCUUCUUGGUGCAACCACUUCUCUUCAUGAAAUAGUUGAUACGGACGCACCAGAAGAACAUUCAGAACACAGUUUCACUGAAGAACGGCACAAAACAUCAUGGUUGCGGAUAUCGUUGGCGUCACCAAAAAUUCGAAAUCCAAUUUCAGCAAGCCCCAGGAAAGGUGUUUUUUACUGUGUUUUAUAUUUACAUCCUGGUGACUAUCAUCGAGUGCACUCUCCUGUUGAUUGGCAAGUGCUUCUUCGUCGUCAUUUCUCUGGUCGUCUGUUCCCUUUGAAUCAACGGGCAACACGAACAAUUAGAAACCUUCACAUUGAAAAUGAGAGGGUGAUUCUUGAGGGUCGGUGGAGGGAAGGAUUUAUGGCAAUGGUAGCAAUUGGUGCCACCAAUAUUGGUUCUAUCAAACUUUACAUAGAGCCAGAACUGAAGACUAACAGGCCCAAGCGACAAUUACUGCAUACAGAACCCCCGGAUGAGAAGAUAUAUGAACCUGUGGGAACUGGAUUGACGAUUAAGAAGGGUGAAGAGGUUGCUGCAUUUAACAUGGGUUCAACUGUAGUUCUUGUGUUUCAAGCACCCAUAUCAGGAUCCUCAGGACAAUAUGCUACUCCUUCAGAUUUCAAGUUCUGUAUUCGAAAUGGUGAUAGGGUCAAAGCUGGAGAAGCCAUUGGUAGCUGGAGUGGAUCUUAAGCGCUUUGCCUGCCACAGGAAAUCAGCCUCGGAUUUAUUUCAGUCUUUGAUUGUGGUAAUUUUUAUUUUAUGAAAUCAGAGUCACUUGAGUCUUAUGAGACACAUGUAAUUAUGUGCACAUUAUUUCUAUUUUCUCCACGGAUUUCUCUAAACAAUAUAUCUAAAAUAUAGUGUAUUUUCUUGCAUCCAUGCUGUUGUAUAACUUCUUUUGAAAUGAAACUUUGGAAGAUUAAUCAUACGUGAAAAAAGGAUUGUUAGUUA